CGCCUUGAGCGUUGACCGCCGCGUCGUUCGCAGCGAAGAAGCGACACCGGAAAGCUAACGAGUAGCUGUAAACGAGCUGUCCCCGAGUGUCUACUGUUGUGCUUGUGACGUCCCCUCCUGGUAAAUCCCAGCGAAGGAGCUCGGUAAGUGACCGCGGAGUGACUUACCGAACUUGGAGGAUCGGUAGACCAGCCAGGCGCCGAACAAAAACCAAGCGUUGUCUGCAACGUUACGCGGCUAAAACUAGCGCCCCUUGGGCCUAUCCAGCGCUGGCUCUGGAGCAGAACUUCUGCGGGAAAAGGGGAGACAAGGAAUGAGUGAUGACCUCGGUGGUGGUGUCAGAUGGAGGGGGGAGCAUCGUGGAGUAUGUCACUGUGGUGGUGGACGGCCAGCAGCAGCCCGCUGAGGAUGACAAGCGGGAGGAGGUCGAACAGCAGGAGGUGGAGACGGUGAUCGUGGAGGAGGAAGAUGAGGCCGACGGGGUGGUGGUGCAGGAGGACAACUGCCCGGCGGUCAUUGUGGAGGAGGUGCCCAGCGCUCAGGUGGAGGAGUGCUAUUCCGCACAGGUGCUGGUGUGUGACGAUGGGACAUACCUGAUGCAGGAUGUAGCCGAGGAGCAGGAGGUGGUCACAGAGGUGGCUGAGACAGUGGAAAUGUCAGGACACGACUUGGUGUGCUUUGACAAAACAUUUGAGGCGGCUGAAGCUCUUCUGCACAUGGAAUCUCCAGGAGGACUUCACAAUGAACGCAGCACAGCAGACGACGUGAUGAUGGAGACUGUGGUGGAGGUGUCCACAGAGGUGGGGGCCAUCGAGGAGGAGUCCUUCCCCAUUCCUCCCGACUGUGAACCAGCGUCCAAGAAGAAGAGAGGAGGGGGACGUAAACCAAAGACGCAUCAGCCGGCGUCCAACGGCUCCUUUGACCUGGGGAUCAAGAAAAGGCCGAGGGAGGGAAAAGGAAACACCACGUACCUGUGGAGGUUCCUGCUGGAGCUGCUGCAGGACAAGAACACCUGCCCUCGCUACAUCAAGUGGAUGCAGAGGGACAAGGGCAUCUUCAAGCUGGUGGACUCUAAGGCCGUGUCCAGACUGUGGGGGAAGCACAAAAACAAGCCGGAUAUGAACUACGAGACCAUGGGUCGAGCCCUGAGGUAUUACUACCAGCGCGGUAUCCUGGCUAAGGUGGAAGGUCAGCGGCUGGCCUACCAGUUCAAGGAGAUGCCCAAGAACCUCAUAGUGAUCGAGGACGAGGAGGAAGGUGAGGAGGCGGAGGAUGGUGUGGUGUCGGGCCAGCACCCGGCUCACCAGCAGGGCCCUGCCAGCCUGAGCGUCAGUUCCCCCUCAACCAGUCAGCCCCAGCAGACCUUCGUCACCGUCAUCCCCAGCAAUGCCGCCAGCAGGCCCAUCAGAGCCAUGCCGGUGAUGAUGACCAACUCUUUGGGUCAGGUGACGUUAAACUCCUCCUCCGUCCUCACCACUGCCACAGGCGUCCCAGUGACGUUGGCUAACACCUCCGCCAGCGCCGCCCCCAAGCUGGUCAUCCAGGCGCUGCCCACCAUGCUGCCCACCGGAUCCAAAACAGGCGAGAAGAUAACCAUCAUCACCAUCCCGGCCAACCAGCUGACCACGCUCAUGCAGUCCGGCGCCCCUGGUCAGGUCACGCAGCUCAUCCAGGCCAAGCCAGUGACCACACACCUGGCACGGGCCGGCCUCAAACAGGCCACCGCCCCGAGCGUCCAGCUGGCGGCGGGCCGGUCAGCCCCGCAGCUCAUAUUGGCCAAACCGCCAGCCGUUGCCCAGGCACUGCCACAACUCUCAGUGCCACCAGCAGCAUCAGUGGCAGCUUCUUUGUCCUGAGAGGGGUGGGGCCUCUGAGGAGUGGGGCCCCCGAGGGGUGGGGCCUCUGCGUGGUGGGACACAGCGACAGACCGUGGACACUUUUAAAAGGUGCAGUCACGCCUCCCACCUGUGGGCAGGACUCCUUUCCGAUUGGUUCGGAUGGAGUCUGGUCUCCACGGAGAUGCUCCCCCACCGAAAGGGACGUGCACGCCUGCGCACACAGACGGGUCAGAGCAGCCUCAGACUGUAAAGUUUUUUUUUUUUUUAAUCACAGCCGAUGUAAACAGACUUUGGUGUAAAAAAAAAAAAAAAAAACAGUUUUUGAUACUUACCCCCCCACCAGAGAUGGCUCUGAGAAACCAGAACACUAUGCAAAGCCCCGCCCCCUGCUUCAACAAGCCAGCAGAGUCUGGGAAGGUUGCUUCUGACAGAUGUGUGCAAAUCCGCCCCCUGCUGGUCAAGAGAGACACUGCAGGCGUCCUCAGCACCGUCCUCUCCAAGUACUUCUGUUUUUUACUGAUCCUUAAAGGGAGUGAAGGAUGUCCAUCCGCGUCAGAACUGUUUGAAGUAUAAUAUACUAUUUUCUUGUACUAUCAUUGUAAUGAAGUAGAUUUUACUUAAAUGUGUAUUAUAAAAAAGAAAUGUGGAA